AUGUCAGGAGAACCGGUGAUCACCUUUGGAGCUGGACCAGCGAAAAUUCCACCCGAGGUCAAACAACGGAUAGUCGAUGGCGUGAUCCAAUAUGAAAACUCAGGAAUCAGUAUUCUGGAAAUGGGACACCGGUCACAGGAGUUUAUUGGCCUCAUCGAUCGUUGUUCCGAUCGUCUACGUCGUUUAUACAAGGUCCCGGACAACUAUCAUAUCCUUUUUCUUCAAGGUGGAGCAACCGGGCAGUUCGAUGCCAUACCCAUGAAUCUGCUCGGGAAUCGUGACCGUAAAAGGGCGGACUAUUUGAUCACUGGUUCCUGGUCAGCGAAAGCGGCCAAAGAAGCCUCGAAGUACGGUGAAAUUCGUGAGGUCUGUCCGAAAGUACCGGGAUUUGUGGCACUCCCGGAAAAGUCCACAUGGCAGUUUGAUCCCGAGGCGGCAUAUAUGUACUACUGUGACAAUGAGACAAUCAACGGUUUGGAGUUCUCCGAAAUUCCGGAGCCACCAAACAACGUACCCGUCGUAUGUGACAUGUGCAGCAAUUUCCUCAGUCGUCCGGUUGAUGUGAGUCGUUUUGGGCUGAUCUUUGCCGGGUCACAGAAAAAUAUGGGAUGUGCCGGGAUCACGGUGGUGAUUGUGCGCAAAGAUUUGAUCGGCGAUGAACUAUCCAUCACACCGAAUGUUCUCAACUAUCGAUUGCAGGUGGCUGCCAAAUCAGUCCUGAAUACACCACCGACAUUUACGGUGUUUGGAGUGGAUGAAAUGUUGCGUUGGGUAGAGGAUCAAGGUGGAUUGGAAAGAAUGAAUUGUUCGAGUAAAGCCAAGUCCAGUGUGAUUUAUCGAUUGAUUGAUCAGUCGAAUGGAUUUUACCGCUGCCCAUCGUUUCCUGAGCACCGCAGUCGUGUCAAUGUGAUAAUACGUCUAGCGGAUUCGAGCUUGGAGAAGUUGUGGAUCGCCGAAGCCAAAAAAGUUGGUCUGAUCGGAUUGAGUGGGCAUCGAAGUGUUGGAGGAUUACGUAUCUCGUUGUACAAUCCAAUUGAUUCAGCUGAUUUGGACCGAUUAGAAAGUUUUAUGCGACAAUUCAUGGAGAACCAUCGGGACACUGGUCUACAAACAAUACAGAAUAAUGAAUAA